AUGCGGGUCCAAGGCUGGGGCAGGAUUUCUCCAACUGCCUGCAUCUGGCAAAAGAAGAAACUAAAAAAGGCGAGGGUAGGAGAAAAUGCCGGCAGUGGCUGCUUAGUCUGUAUGAAUAUCUCCCAAGGGAGCCUUGAGGCCAGGCCUCUUAUGGAGACUGGGAAAUUAGAGGCAGGGGCUGAGGCAGAGGCCAGCCUGGAGAAGGAUCGGAGCAGCCUCUCUCAGACUCAGGGGUGCCCCCAGGGCUCCAACACUGCUUCCAGAGAGAUCAGUAAAAUAUGCUUUCCCACCUACUUUCAUGGAGAGAAAAAAAGUGUGCAAAUCAAGGAAUUUAUUUUGUGCACAGAAGACUGGGAUGUCCCGGAGACCAUUAGGGGCAAAGGCCCCAGGAGUCUUGGGGGCGGCGCUGACAGAGGGAUAUCCAUCUCAGACUCCCUGACAACCAAGGCCCUUUUAGUUCUGCCCCCCCUGAAACCUUCACUCCCAAAUGGCUUGGAUGUUCUGGGUAAGAAGAGUAAGAACUUUUUCUUGCAGUCAGAAGAGAAGGUGCUGAGUGUGGAAAAGGAUGAGUGUGUGGAUUGUGGCUAUAGAUUGGAAAGAGAUGACGGGAAUGGUGCAAAGAGACCUGUUGAGCUGACCAAGCACUUUAAGGUUGACGACCUGCUGCCCUUCCCUUCCCAGGCGGCCAGGACAAGCCUGCUGGCCGGUCCCCAGCAGUGCUGCCUGCGCUGGCCCCUCCUGCCUGAGAAGAGCCUGGUGUGCUCUCCCAACCCCAGCAGCUAUCUCGCCACCUUGCAGCUUUUGCAAAAACAGGGAAUGCAAAACUACAAAGUCAAAUUCAAAGCCAAGGAGCCAAGACCUCCUGUGAACACCCACAAGCAUGUUCUCACAGAGGCCAAGAGGGAAAACAGACCCCAAACACUGGAAACCAAAGUGUUCCCAAGACCUCUCUUACCAGCCCUCACAGUGAGCAGAGUUGUUAUUCCCCUCUCCACAGGCAACUCUGAGUCGUCACACCCGAUAGAAUUCCCUGGGAACAAGCACUGCUGGAAAUGCUGAAAUUCACCCCUUCUUUCUCUU